AAGCGAGCCGUCAAUUCAACAAAGGAGUCAAAGGAGUCGACGCAACCAAAGACUAAUUCAACGGAUGAAGCAGAAGAAGUACACGAACUCUUAAGAGUCUAUUUGUCACGAGAAGACGUACCGCCGCCCGAAAGUAAAGCACAAUCGGCUCAAACACCUACUCAGACAACUGUAGGCAAAGUCUCGUCAAAGGUUUGCGUGUCUCAGACCAGGUAUUAUGUAUUAGUGACGGCCCUAACAAUUCUUACAUCAAUUCUGAUGGUCAUGAGUGCGACCGUAGCUCUCGUGUACUUCAAGAGAACUAAAUCUGCGACAAAACAAAUUGAUUUCGUUGUUCCCGCACAAACAAAUGGCAACUUCUAUGUGAAUCAGUACCGAACGCCGCAAUCGUUGGCCUCACACCACAAGUUUGACGAUCCGAGUGAACCCAUAUAUACUGAUCCCUCACUCUUUGAGCGCUCGCGAAGUCUGAGGAGUCUUACUGUUUCCAACUCCGCGGACGUCCGGUCGGACCAACUGUCCCAACUGUCCCACCAUUUGCCCGAUCAA